AUGCCCAACAUUGGUCGGCUGAGUCCUGCGAUGGGUAUGGGUCAUAGCCUGACUUUUGAGCUCAAAGCCAUUAUUCUCCUCCGCCGAGAGGGUAGCUUCAGAAGCAUCCCCCUCCUGAUCAUCAUUCAGAUCUCCCCCACCCCACCAUGUGCUUGCAAUGGAGAUGAAAGAUCAUCCUCCAAGUCAUCAUGGAGCCCCAUUUCCCAUUCCUCUUCCAUAGGUUCUUCACCAAUCAUCUUUCCCUUCCUUUUGCGCUCCGCGAGUUGGCGAGCAGCCAUAAGUUUACCAUCAUGGUCACUCGAUAUCUCAGACAUAGUAGGCAGCUCAUCACAGCUCCGCUUAACCGGCACUGGUCACGACCUAGUCAAACUCGACGUCCCUAGUUUCACUGGCGGUAGGGCUGGAGCUUUGCUUGACCGGUGA